GCUGAGGGGGGGUGGGCGGUGUCGGCCCACGCCCCAGAGUCGUCAGGCUGGCGCUAGCGAUUGCGCUUUGUGUGUGGGCUGGGUGAGGGCGGGGAGGCCUGGUUGUGUGGAUCUCUGACAGGUAAGGCGGGGGACGCAGAAGUCCAGCCGCCCCCUCCCACAGCGGAGUCAGAAACAGGCCUACCAAUGGAGUUUCGCUCUCUCACCCAGGCUGGAGUGCAGUGGCAUGAUCUCUGCUCAGUGCAACCCCGGCCUCCCGGGUUCCAGCGAUUCUUGUACCUCAGCCUGCUGAGUAGCUGGGAUUACAGGUCAGCUCUUGCUUCUGUUGGAUGUUUCCAUGCUCCACCAUGUUAAGAGCUAAGAAUCAGCUUUUUUUACUUUCACCUCAUUACCUGAAGCAAGUAAAAGAAUCAUCAGUCUCCAGGCUCAUAUGGAAACGACUUCUACACCAGCAACAGCCCCUUCACCCAGAAUGGGCUGCCCUUGCUAAAAAGCAGCUGAAAGGCAAAAACCCAGAAGACCUAAUAUGGCACACCCCAGAAGGGAUUGCUAUAAAACCCUUGUAUUCCAAGAGAGAUACUAAGGACUUACCUGAAGAACUUCCAGGAGUGAAGCCAUUCACACGCGGACCAUAUCCUACCAUGUAUACCUUUAGGCCCUGGACCAUCCGCCAGUAUGCUGGCUUCAGCACAGUGGAAGAAAGCAAUAAGUUCUAUAAGGACAAUAUUAAGGCUGGUCAGCAAGGAUUAUCCGUUGCCUUUGAUCUGGCGACACAUCGUGGCUAUGAUUCAGACAACCCUCGAGUUCGUGGUGAUGUUGGAAUGGCUGGAGUUGCUAUUGACACUGUGGAAGAUACCAAAAUUCUAUUUGAUGGAAUUCCUUUAGAAAAUAUGUCAGUUUCCAUGACUAUGAAUGGAGCAGUUAUUCCAGUUCUUGCAAAUUUUAUAGUAACUGGAGAAGAACAAGGUGUACCUAAAGAUAAACUUACUGGUACCAUCCAAAAUGAUAUACUAAAGGAAUUUAUGGUUCGAAAUACAUACAUUUUUCCUCCAGAACCAUCCAUGAAAAUUAUUGCUGAUAUCUUUGAAUAUACAGCAAAGCACAUGCCAAAAUUUAAUUCAAUUUCAAUUAGUGGAUACCAUAUGCAGGAGGCAGGGGCUGAUGCCAUUCUGGAACUGGCCUAUACUUUAGCAGAUGGAUUGGAGUACUCUAGAACUGGACUCCAAGCUGGCCUGACAAUUGAUGAAUUUGCACCAAGAUUGUCUUUCUUCUGGGGAAUUGGAAUGAAUUUCUAUAUGGAAAUAGCAAAGAUGAGAGCUGGUAGAAGACUUUGGGCUCACUUAAUAGAGAAAAUGUUUCAGCCUAAAAACUCGAAAUCUCUUCUUCUAAGAGCACAUUGUCAGACAUCCGGAUGGUCACUUACUGAGCAGGAUCCUUACAAUAAUAUUGUCCGUACUGCAAUAGAAGCAAUGGCAGCUGUGUUUGGAGGGACUCAGUCUUUGCACACAAAUUCUUUUGAUGAAGCUUUGGGUUUGCCAACUGUGAAAAGUGCUCGAAUUGCCAGGAACACACAAAUCAUCAUUCAGGAAGAAUCUGGGAUUCCCAAAGUGGCUGAUCCGUGGGGAGGUUCUUAUAUGAUGGAAUCUCUCACAAAUGAUGUUUACAAUGCUGCCUUAAAGCUCAUUAAUGAAAUUGAAGAAAUGGGUGGAAUGGCCAAAGCUGUAGCUGAGGGAAUACCUAAACUUCGAAUUGAAGAAUGUGCUGCCCGAAGACAAGCUAGAAUUGAUUCUGGCUCUGAAGUAAUCGUUGGAGUAAAUAAGUACCAGUUGGAAAAAGAAGAUGCUGUAGAAGUUCUGGCAAUUGAUAAUACUUCAGUGCGAAACAGGCAGAUUGAAAAACUUAAGAAGAUCAAAUCCAGCAGGGAUCAAGCUUUGGCUGAACGUUGUCUUGCUGCACUAACUGAAUGUGCUGCUAGUGGAGAUGGAAAUAUCCUGGCUCUUGCAGUGGAUGCAUCUCGUGCAAGAUGUACAGUGGGAGAAAUCACAGAUGCCCUGAAAAAGGUAUUUGGUGAACAUAAAGCUAAUGACCGAAUGGUGAGUGGAGCAUAUCGCCAGGAGUUUGGAGAGAGUAAAGAGAUAACAUCUGCUAUCAAGAGGGUUCAUAAAUUCAUGGAACGUGAAGGUCGCCGACCUCGUCUUCUUGUAGCAAAAAUGGGACAAGAUGGCCAUGACAGAGGAGCAAAAGUUAUUGCUACAGGAUUUGCUGAUCUUGGUUUCGAUGUGGACAUAGGCCCUCUUUUCCAGACUCCUCGUGAAGUGGCCCAGCAGGCCGUGGAUGCAGAUGUGCAUGCUGUGGGCAUAAGCACCCUUGCUGCUGGUCAUAAAACCCUAGUUCCUGAGCUCAUCAAAGAACUUAACUCCCUUGGACGGCCAGAUAUUCUUGUUAUGUGUGGAGGGGUAAUACCACCUCAGGAUUAUGAAUUUCUGUUUGAAGUUGGUGUUUCCAAUGUAUUUGGUCCUGGAACUCGAAUUCCAAAGGCUGCCGUUGAAGUGCUUGAUGAUAUUGAGAAGUGUUUGGAAAAGAAACAGCAAUCUGUAUAAUAUCCUCUUUUGGUUUUAGCUUUUUUCUAAAAUAUUAUUUUAAUUAAGAUCAAAGAAGAGAGUAAAGCUGUAUCUUUAAUUUCAGUACCUGAUUUGUACUUUCCUUGAAAGCUUUACUUUAAAAUACCUUACUUAUAAGCCUACUAUCAUGCUAAAAGUAUGUACAUACAGUUUCACUUCAAAAAUUAAAAAAUUCCUAAAAACCCUCUGUAACAGUACUUUAUCAAGAACUCUAGACAAAGGAAUUAUUUUUAAAAAUCAUGGUGAUGUAUUUAUUAGAAUGUUUCUUAUAAAUCUGUUUACUUUUUAUAUUAAGAAUUAAACUGUACCUAAGAAAACUCUGACCAGUCCCAUUUGUCAAUUUACCGUUACAUUGUCUUGAACAUCAGAAAAUAAAAUAUAUAUAUUAAUAAACACCUAUCUUGAAAAAAAUAGCAGAGUGUAGUUACAUGGGGAAAGAGAUUUGGGGUGUGGUCCUCAGUCAGAUUCUUCCAGAAUCACCUUGAUAAAAGAAGUAUUAAAAUCAAGCACAGCAGGUUGGAAUACAGGGAAAUUGACAGCAUAUUUCUUCAAGUCUGAUUUUACUUUGUUUCUGAGCAUGGCCAUCUGACCUUGUUAUUUUUGGGCUUGGCUCUAGACCCAGAAGAGUGGAUGUUUAUGAGCAUUCCUUUAAAAGAAAGUGCUUAGGUUGUAGCUAAGGCUUUGUCUAGAAUGGUGAUGUCAACUGUGAGUGUAAGUCUAUGACACAGAAAGAUUUUAACUUUCCAGAUCUAGAAUGAUGCUACCUUGCAUAGAUUUGCUCAUUAAACAUAAAUUGCAAAAAUAAAAAUAGCACAAAGAACACCUGUACUUUGCUUAUUGAAAGAUUUGCUCACUAAAGAAGGAAACUUGUCAUUUACCUUUGUAACAAAUCUGCACAUCCUGCACACGUUCCCCAUAAUGUAAAAUAAAAAAUAAAAAUUUUAAAAAUAUUAAGAGAAAAAAGCUUUGGGAUUAAUUGAUUUUUCUUUAUUGAUUUCCUAUUUUCAACUGCAUUGAUUUCUGCUAUCAUAUUUUUUUUUUUUUGAGACGGAGUUUCACUCUUGUUACCCAGGCUGGAGUGCAAUGGCACGAUCUCGGCUCACUGCAGCCUCCGCCUCCUGGGUUCAGGCAAUUCUCCUGCCUCAGCCUCCUGAGUAGCUGGGACCACAGGCAGCACCACCAUGCCCAGCUAAUUGUUUGUAUUUUUAGUAGAGACGGGGUUUCACCAUGUUGACCAGGAUGGUCUCGAUCUCUUGACCUCGUGAUCCACCUGCCUCGGCCUCCCAAAGUGCUGGGAUUACAUGUGUGAGCCACCGCACCCGGCUCUAUCAUAUUUUUAAUUUUUCUUCUGCUUAUUUUUGGAUAUUGUUUGCUCUUCUUUUUCUAAUAUCCUAAGAUGUAAGCUUAAAUUAUUGAUUUUAGGUCAUUUUUCUUUCCUAAAAUAUGUGUAGUACUACGAAUUUCCCUCUAAACACUUCUCUUGCUUUAUCCUAUAGUGUUUAAUAAAUUAUAUUUUCCCCUUCACCUAAUCAAAAAAAAUAAUAAGAAGGAAAGUUGUCCUUUAUUGUUAACAUGAUCCAUUACAUGAAUAUAGAAUGAACAAUUAUCUUUUGUAAUAAAUUUCUAUUGUAUUAGAUCAGAGAGCAAUUUUGGGAAAGUGUUAUAAGAUAAAUAUAUUACUGUAAAAUUUACAAACUCACUGUAAUACAACGUAUAUAGUUUUCAGAAUAUGAUUAUCUGAAUGGUAUUGUCGUGAUUAUUGUUCCCAUUUUACAGAUGGACACUGACCUCAAGUUCGAUAAUAUAUUGACUAUGUGAUUUAAUGACUUUUCCUUGUAAAGAAAUGCAUACUAAUUUAAUAAGUAUUUGUUUUCUGUGCUGGUUUCAAUUGUGUGCUCGAUGACAUGUGAAAUAAACUCAUCCUUAAAGAGUU